AUGAUAUCAGAUGAUUCAUCUGAAAUUGACCAUGAAGUUAACAGCAGCAUACUCGCUGAUAAAACCGAUCAUGAAUUCCACGGCAUCUCUCACUCGAUUCUCGCUCUACCACCAGCACCCAAUGGUACGACAGUCCAAAUGACCACACACGCCGAAGUAUACGACAUAAUCAUAAUCGGCGCCGGCCCCUGCGGGCUCGCUGUCGCAGCCCGUCUGCGCGAAGAAACGCCAUCCGCCAUGUUUACCGACGAAGAACACCAGCGAUAUCACUGGAUCAAAAAGCACCAGGGCAAAAUGAGUCUUGCGCGUGCCAGAACGAGGCGGUUGCAUGGUACCCCGCUCACUGCAUCUACAUAUACAAAACCCAACAACUGCUGUAGUGGUGAAAAUGAUCGCGGUGGGCAAUACUCGACUCUCGUACUCGAUAGCUCAGGCAGUCAGUGGAUGGCACGCUGGAACCGCGCAUUCAAGGCAUUGAAGAUUGAUCAUCUGCGGUCUCCGAUGUUCUUCCAUGUUGAUCCAGCGGAUCGAGAUGGAAUGUUGGCUUAUACGCGUGAGACGGGACGCGAAAAGGAGUUGUAUGAGCUUUCGGGGUGUGUUGGGCAGGAAUUGAGUAAACAUAAGAGGAAGAAGAUUCGUAAUUUAUCCAGAUUCCCGCGUGAAGCAGAAAUCAACGAGCGAGAUCGAAAAGAUUACUUUACGCCUUCGACGGGGUUAUUUGCGGAUUACUGCGAGUCGAUCAUUGCGCGGUACGGGCUGGACGAUGGCUCGGCUCGGAUCGAGCAGUCCGAGGUUUGUGAUAUCAAGUUUGGUGAAGUCGAAGGGUCAAAGGAUACAAGUAAACUGUUUACAAUUGUGACAACGCACGGGCAGUCAUUCCACAGUAGAGCAGUGGUACUCGCCGUGGGACCUGGCUUGACCAAAUUGAUGCCAUGGAGUCUGUCCCCGAAAGAAGAGACUGGAGCAUGCCACAGCUCCGAAGUAGGGGUGAGAUUUCCGAGCCCAGUUCUCGCACGAAAGAUUGAGAAUCAGCAGACGACUCAUAUAGUCGUCGUAGGCGGCGGAUUAUCAUCUGCCCAGCUCGCUGACAUGGCCUUACGCAGAGGUGUCACUAAAGUCUGGCAUCUAAUUCGUGGAGACAUGAAAAUCAAACACUUCGACGUUAGUCUGAAUUGGGUGGGCAAGUUUAAGAAUUAUGACAAAGCUGUAUUUUGGUCGGCGGAUGACGAUCAAGAACGCUUUGAGAUGCUGCAAACUGCACGAAAUGGGGGUAGCAUAACACCGCACUACCAGAAGAUCCUCAAACAAUACACCGCCAAAGGCCGAUUGUCAAUACACACCCAAACCGUCAUUACGAGCAAGAGCUUCGACACCGAAACUCACACCUGGAAGAUUACUACAGAUCCGCCUAUCGAAAACUUCCCUGAACAAAUUGACUACAUUUGUUUCGCAACAGGCAUGAAGGUGGAUGUCAACGAGAUGAGUCUCCUUCAAUCAAUGAAUCGCGACUACCCCAUCGAAAGCAUAAACGGCUUGCCAUGUCUGACUGACGAUCUUAUGUGGAGAUCCGAUGUUCCACUAUUCGUCACGGGACGUCUUGCAUCCUUGCGUCUGGGACCAGCAGCGCCGAACCUAGAAGGCGCUCGUCUUGGAGCUGAGAGGGUUGCGUGGGCGUUACAGGAUGUGAUGGGGGAACAGUCAGAUGUCGAUUUUUGUAGUCGUGAUGGGAAGAGGUUGCAGAAGGCAUUCUGUGGACUGGGGAAUCGGUAUGAGAGUCUGGCUCAAUACAGAGAGAUAGAUGUUUGA